AUGGCUUCUCCGAUCACGGUAGGUGUGAUUGGUGCGACGGGCAAGACGGGUCAAUCGGUGGUCCAGGGGCUACUUUCUUCAGCGACUAAUUUCACUAUCACAUCUUUCACGCGCCAGGCCUCAGUGAAUAGCCUUGCGAAUGAAAAGCUCCACGAGCAGGGCGUUCAGAUUAUCGGCUAUGACCUGAGCCAACCUCGGAAAGUCCUGGUGAAUCAUUUAACGACUAUCGAUGUCCUCAUCUCGUGUAUCACCUGGGAACACCUGGAUCUUCAAAUACCAUGGAUUGAAGCCGCAAAGGAAGCCGGUGUGAAGCGAUUUGUACCGUCUGAGUGGGUUGGGCCAGCGCCAAAAGGAGUUAUCGACAUCAAGGAUAAGAAGCUUGACAUUCUCGGCGUCAUCCAACGGGCCCGUCUGCCCUAUACAAUCAUCGACGUGGGCUGCUGGUUCCAAGUCUUCGUUCCCAAGAUUCCAUCCGGAAGGUCCGAUAAAGGCCACAUGAUCUACAUUGACCAUCGAAUUGUCGAAGAUGGAAACCAGAGGUUCGCUUUGACUGACAUGGCCGAUAUUGGCAAGUAUGUUGCUCAAAUCGUGGCGGAUUCCCGGACCGUGAACAAACAUGUUUUUGCGUAUACGGAGGUCUUGAGUAUGAAUGAGAUCUGGGACGUCAUGGCUGUGGCCAGUGGAGAGGAACCUAGGAAAGACUAUGUGUUGAGCAAGGAGAUCAAGGAAAUUAUCGAGGCCUGUGGAAAGAGGCUUGACGAAAGCCACGAGAGCGUGAUGCAUCCGAGUAAUAUCAUGGACAUUGCAAAUUUUAAUAUGGGGCAAUAUCGCAUCUCCUGGUGUAUUCGAGGUGACAAUACGCCGGAAUAUGCAGAUUACCUCGGAUACCUGGAUUUUUGGAAACUGUUUCCUGAUUUUCCCAGAGGCAGAAGCCUCGAGGCUUUUUAUCGAGAAAUUAUCAGUGGAGAUACUUUACCUAUGCCUGAGGAUGUCUAG